AGCUGCUGCCUGUAGUUUAUACUGUACAGUUGAUUUCAUUUCCAUUGGUAUAAUAGUGUAUGUCAACUCUCUCUCUUCUUUAUGAUAACUAAAACACCCUCCAGUGAUAAGAAUGGCAUUUAAUAUCUUCUGUCUGUCUCUGUCUCUCUCUCAACAGGCUGUUAGUACUUAUGCUCAUGACUUGAAUUGGCCUAAAAAUGAUGGUGAGCUGAAAUGGAGUGGAAGCAAGAGCAAACCUCCCUCGGGGACUAAUCCCAAAGACACUAAAGAGGCCAAAGACAAGAGUAAAGAGUCUAAAGAAGCUAAAGCACUCCCGGUUAAAGAAGAGGAGGCAGUGGUGGAGGAGGCAAAGAAGGAAGAGGUAGAAGAGAAAACUAAAGAGGCUUCAACUCCUCCUUACCUAGAGACUGUCAAUAGAUUAAAUGUGAUACUCUCUGAGUUAGACUUGAAAUCACAAAUUGAAUUAAACGCUGUCAUUAAUCAAGAUCAUGGAAUCACACUUCAUCCAAGCUCUAAGGCUGCCGUAUCACGUGUAGCUGCUCUCUCUCUUGCCUCCCUCUCAAACCAACCUCUCUUCUUAUCUUUGAACCAAUCAUUUAACAAAAGCAACACAUCCAGCAAAACCUUCUCUCUCCCCCUUCCUUUGUUCAAUGUAGUCACAGGUGGAUUGGGAAAGCUUAGGAUCCGUGGAGUGUAUCUCUUGCCAUCUCCUUCAUCGUCACUGAUGACCGGGUUCAAGAACAUAAUGAAUGUAUAUAAAGAGAUGGGACACACUCUAUCGACAAAGGGGCCUGCUCCUGUGUCUAAGAGUGGUGCUUAUUACUUUUCUUGUGAUAACCCAGAGAUGUUAAUGGAUCUGAUCAAAGAAGCCAGUGCCAGUGCUGGUGUAACACUGAAAGAUGAAGUCCUGCUUUUAGAUGUUGGAGGGGAAUCAAUGUAUGAUGAG